CAUCGCUUUGCCCUAGACUCCAGAGCAAGACAUACUCGACGCAGCUCAACUCGUGCCCGUACUGGCUGUCUCACAUGUAUAAAACGACAUGUCAAGUGCGACGAGACUCGACCGGCGUGCCUCAACUGCAUGAAGUGGCGCGGCUACUGUGACUCCUACUCCGACAACACCUCUUCCGCCUCCUCUUCGCAACAACCUCAAUCUCGCCCCUUACCGUCCAAGGGCAAGCUUAUACACUCCAAAAAGGCACCUUUGAUCAUCAUCGAACCCUCUGUCAACACCAUCCGCUUCGCCAACAAUGACCAGCGAGACUACUUUGUCGAAUGGUCGCAACUCUCCGUCACCUUUCUAGGGGGCUUCAUCGACCAGACUCGUCUUUGGACAGCCACGAUGCCGCAGGUUACGCUUGAAGAAAACACGCUACGAUACGGAGCCAUGGCCGUGGGAGCUCUACGAAAGGCGUACCAAGUCCAUGGGUCAGAAUUUGGGCUCGACACCAGCAGCAAUCGACACUAUCUCAACGCCGUCGCCUACUAUUGCGAAGCACUGCGUAUGCAGUCAGAGAUGAAGCCUACGAGAGAGGGCAUGAGAACCGCUCUGCUAUCUUCCCUGCUCUUCAUCUGCUUCGAGACCCAAAGAGGAAACGUACCGGCCGCUCUGAAGCACAUAACUCACGGCUUCUCGAUGCUCAACGAACUCGCCAACUGCACCGACAAAGCUCCAGAUCUUGUCAGAAUUGCUCCCGCGCCACCAGCCUUGGUGCAGGACAUUUUGGACUGCUACAAGCCUCUGGAGCUGCAGUCACGCUCCUUCAUGGGGUCAUACAGAAAGGCCUUCUUCCCACCACCACAACCUCCCCAGCUUACAGCGGCCCCGAGCCCCCCAAACCAGCCCGAAACGCCCCCCAUGCUGUCUCCUCAGAGCCCUCAGGUGCAAAUAACCGGCUUACCGAGCCCCCAGAGCCAGAGUGACCCAUGGUCACCUCGUGCCCCUCCUCCUAGUCCUCGACGACCUCCGGGGAUAAUCCCAUUCACAAAGCAUUCCCCGUACUUUCGACCUAAGCUCACCAGAAUCUCGUCGUUAGACGAUAUGCCACGUCACUUCACUUCCUGGGACGAGAUGCGAGACUAUUGGGGGCUGGUACAGCGGCAGAUGGUCCGCCACGUUCCGAUGCUCACCAAGGUGACGGCAGAUCUUGCACUUCACAAGACUACCGACCCGGAUGAGUUGGACCGAAAGUUUGCAAGCCUCAAAACCAACGCAGUCUUGUCCAAAUUCAUCGCAGAGUCUCGGUACUGGCUGCAACGCUGGACUGAGGCCUACGAACCCAUGUAUCAAGCCGUGCUCCGCGACGCCGAGACAGACCGAGCCCGAUAUCUACAGGCCAUGAGCAUCCGAAUCGAGUAUCUCAUCCUCUACAUAUAUACUACCGUCCCACGAUACUCCAGCCUCAUCACCGUCAAGGGCCUCACGCCACAAUAUCGCGAAAUCAACGCUCUCGCAGAGAUGCUGCUCAAGUCCCGGCCCAACUGCGGCUUUGCCAUGGACGCAGGGUGGACCUGGCCUCUGUUUGUCGUCUCCUUCGGCUGCCGUGACCGAGCCGUGAGAGAAGAUGCGAUCCGAAUCCUGGGCCAGUAUCCCAUCCGCAACGCAUUGAGAGACAGCAGAAUCUUUAGAGCCAUUGCCAUUAAGAACAACGAGACGGAAAUCACAAACGCCGUCGAGGGUGACGAGAACGAGCAGUGGAUGCGCCUCAGACGGCGUGAACUCGUCUUUGAAGACUUUGGCUCCAGCAUCAUCUUCCGUUUCGUACAAAAGAAUCCUGUAACCGGGGACUGGGAGCUGGUGGAGGAGGCGUCGGACUGGAAUGUCAGACCUGAUGGUCGACUGAAUUGGAAGAGACAGCCAAUCUCUGAAUCAGAGUCGAUCCUCUCCGGUGUAUGCUGA